CUAGUCUAAGCCACCCAUAUAUUUAAAACCUUUAGCUACAAGAAAGAAAAAUGAGAUGAGACCAUCCAUGGAUUACAUUCCCGUACUUGUUCUUUGUUUCUCUUUAUUGCUGAUUCUAGAAACAGUUACGGCCAUUGACACCAUCAACACAACUCAGUCCAUUAGAGAUGGUCAGACCCUAAUUUCAGCUGAUGGAACCUAUGUGUUAGGAUUUUUCAAGCCUGGCAAAUCCAAAAGCAGAUACUUGGGGAUAUGGUUUGGCAAAAUAUCUGUCGUGACUGCAGUCUGGGUUGCCAACAGAGAAACACCCCUUAAUGAUUCAUCAGGCGUUUUAAGGCUUACCAACAAAGGAAGUCUUGUCCUUCUCAAUAGCAGUGGGAGCAUAAUUUGGUCUUCCAACACAUCGAGAUCACCUACGAGGAAUCCAGUUGCACAACUUCUUGAUUCAGGAAAUCUUGUUGUGAAAGAGGAGGGUGAUGAUAUCCUGGAAAAUUCUUUGUGGCAGAGUUUCGAGCAUCCAACUGAUACAUUAUUGCCUGAAAUGAAGCAGGGAUGGAACAAAAUAACAGGAAUGGACUGGUCAUUGACAUCUUGGAAGUCACCUGAUGAUCCUGCCAGAGGCCAUUUUAUAGAUACGCUUUCUCCUAGUGGGUAUCCGGAGAUACUAGUGAUCGAGGAUUCAAAAGUGAAAUAUCGGUCUGGACCAUGGAAUGGUCUCCGGUUUAGUGGCUCAAAUCAAUUAAAACAGAAUCCCAGGUACACAUUCGAAUUUGUUUAUAAUGAGAAUGAGACAUUUUACAGAUAUCAUCUUGUCAACUACUCAAUGCUUUGGAGGCUUGUGAUAAGUCCAGAAGGCGAUCUACAGCGCUUCACAUGGGUUGAUCAAAUACAAAGUUGGUUGCUUUUUAGCACAGCAAAUACUGAUAAUUGUGAACGUUAUGCCCUAUGUGGUGCAAAUGGUAUCUGCAGUAUUCACAACUCUCCAAUGUGUGAUUGCUUGUAUGGAUUUGUACCCAAAAUUCGAAGUGAUUGGGAAGCCACGGAUUGGUCUAGUGGUUGUGUUAGAAGAACUCCAUUAAAUUGUUCUGUAGAUGGGUUUCAAAAGGUCUCUGGGGUGAAGUUACCUCAGACGAUCACAUCAUGGUUUAACAAGAGCAUGAAUCUCGAGGAAUGCAAGUACAUGUGCUUGAAGAACUGCAGCUGUACAGCAUAUUCAAACUUGGACAUCAGGGAUGGAGGAAGUGGUUGCUUGCUCUGGUUUGGCGACCUUGUUGAUACUAGAGUAUUUAGUCAAAAUGAACAGGAUAUUUAUCUAAGGAUGGCUGCUUCAGAGCUAGGUAAUGGUGACGGCACAAAGGUUAAUGAUAAAUCGAACACGAAGAAAAUGAUCAUACUAAGCUCUGUGUUAUCUACCGGAACUCUUCUCCUUUGCCUAGCCAUGGUCUUGUGUAUUCGAAAUAGAAAGCAACGGAGAAACAGAGAAGUAAGUGGUGGUUUCGAGAGAAAUUGUAAUAGCAACCUCAGGAAAGAAAACCUGGAUUUACCGUUGUUUGAUUUGUAUACCUUGGCUGAUGCAACAAUGGACUUCUCAGAAGACUGUAAACUGGGAGAAGGGGGAUUUGGACCUGUUUAUAAGGGAACAUUGAAAGAUGGACGAGAAAUAGCCGUGAAGAGGCUCUCUAAGUUUUCGAGACAAGGGCUUGAUGAGUUUAUCAAUGAAGUCAAGCACAUUGUGGAACUUCAGCACCGAAAUUUAGUGAAGCUUCUAGGAUGCUGCAUUGAGAGAGAUGAGAAAAUGCUGGUCUACGAGUUCUUGUCUAACAAAAGCUUGGACUUCUUUAUUUUCGGUUAGGAUCGCUCAAAACUGUACAAAUUUACGUUCAAUUACAAUAUUUUGUUAUGGUCAUACAGAUACACACACCAAUUAUGGGUGAGUUUGCAUUGACCAGCGGCCCAACGGUGUGUUUCCUAGAUCAUUUGGAGACAGCAGUAUGAGAAGAAAUGGAAACUCACAAGACAAAAAGAAAAAUCCUUUAGAUUCCUU